AAUGAUUCCUACAAUUAUUCAUUUAGUGCAAUUGAUUGUGCACACAUACUUUAUGUAUAUCAAUUUUGAUUCAAAAUCAAUCGAAGAAUUCUGGAACUAAAUCAAGUACUUGACAAAUAUUAGCAAUUUGUGCAUGUACUCCUUCCUCAUUCCACAGGUUAUUGAAGACAUCAAAUUCAUCCGUAGAAGAGGAUGGCUUAUCAAUAUUCCUAGACAUCAUACUUUCACUCACUAUGCAUACUAGUGCAUGAAUCCAAUUAUUUUCAUAGUCAUGACUAUGUUUUGGACUAUGUUUCUCAUCGAUCCAAAGUUGAUCUUUGCUGAUAGAGAUAUUACUUAAAUUGACAUGGUCCUCAUGUUUUAUGUUCAUGGAGGAAACUGGAUCUUAAUGUAAGAGAUUUUUACUAUUUUUAGGUAACUCAACCAAUUUGAAAAAUAGCCUCAUUUAAAGAUGAGAAUUAAAGGCCUUAUUUAUUUUGUCUAUGUUAUACUAUACUUUGGAAUUUAUGGUAUAUAUAUAUAUUAUGUCUAAAUAGGCCUUCAUUAUUUGAUUUAUGAAUAACAUGUUUAUGGCUUCCAAGCCUUACUUUCUAAGUUCGAACUUGUUUCUAUGUAUGCAAUUUUAUUUGCCACUUUAUUUGGAUUGGAUGUACUUUACAAUAAGGUGUUAUUCAAGCCACGCCAUAAUUUUGUGUAAAUCAAAAAUCAUUGACGUU